UUGUUUCUCCCUUCAUAAUAAAACGCAGCGUUUACUUCAGUCUUGGAAAACUACAGCUCCAGCUCCACACCGUGCAGGUACUCUCACUCUGUCUUUUCCAUUGCCGCCGUCGUGAAGUCUGAGAGUUGUGAUUCAGUUUUCUCUGAUCAAUUCUACUUCUAAAUUUCUCAUUCGUUAUACAAUUCGAAAGCAAACUGAGGAAACAUGCCGUCUCUUCAAACCGCACUGCCUCCUGAACUUGCCAACAAUGUUAUCAGACUUUAUCGUGAAUGCCUUCGACGAGCUAAAUACAUCGGUCAUCGGCAACAUAACACAGAACUUAUAGUUGACAUGGUGAGACAGCAGUUCAAAAAACACAUGCACGAGACAGAUCCAGAGAAGAUUCAGAAGUUGAAGGAUGAUGCGGCAAGGGGACUUAUAAAUCACAUACUAUAUGAGUCUGAGAAGAUGUCUGGUCGUAAAUUCAGCAAAAGCGCUUGAUGUUGUUCAGAAUUUCAAUUAAUGAGUGCUUUCAGUUGGUGUAUCAGAUCAUGUUUUGGCAAAAUAAUAAUAUAGACUUGAGUGGUCUCAAUUUUUCUUGUUUAUGACUUUCAUGUUGCAUGUGUUGAACCCAUCAGGUUGAAUGAAAUUGGCAUUUUUUAAA